AGAACUACCACUAGUAAUCAAAAACACCAGUCACACACUUUUCUAAAGAAAACAAAAAAUGGCAAAGAAGAGUUGUGAAUCAAUCCUCUGUUUCUUGUUCUUCUUCAUUAUAUGCUUCAGUGUCAUUUCUGUUUCUGCUCAACAAACGUGUGACCAAACUUCUGGUAGUUUCAAACCCAAUAGUACUUAUGACAACAACCGCCGUCUCAUCCUCUCCACCUUAGCUUCUAACGUCACGGCUCAUGACGGCUACUUCAACGGUUCGAUUGGGCUUGGUUCAGACCGAGUCUACGCCAUGGGGAUGUGCGCUCCAGGUGCUAAACCUGAUGUUUGCUCCGACUGUAUUAAGACCACAUCAGAGGGAUUACUACAGAUCUGUUUGAACCAGACCGACGCUUUCUCAUGGUCAGGUGAAGAAACCCUUUGCCUUGUUCGCUACUCUAGCAAGUCCUUCUCCGGGCUACUUGUCUUGGAGCCGUCUAAUGAAUUCUUCAAUAUCAAUGACAUAAGAAAAGAAGACCAGAAGGAAUUUGAUAGUGUGUGGGACGGGUUAAUGUUUCGUAUGAUCGGAGGAGCUUCUUCAUCGGUAAGAAACAACUCGUCGUCUACUUCUUCUUCUUUAUCACUGUCUGGUAAAUAUUAUGCAAAGGAUGUAGCUCCUGAACGGGUUUACGGGAACAUAUCGGUGGUGAUGCAAUGCACUCCAGAUGUUUCUUCAAAGGAUUGUAAACUUUGCCUUGAGAGAAGUCUUGAUUACUAUAAGAAAUGGUUCUAUGGGAAGAGAGGCACCAUUAUAUUGCGGCCAAGUUGCUUUUUCCGGUGGGAAUUGUAUACUUUCUUUGGUGCUUUUGAUAGUAUUAAUGCCAGACACCCACCGCCUCCUUCACUCCCGCUUCCACCGCCCUCUGUACCCAACCUAACCAAUAUAACCAAGAAGAAUGAUAAAAAAACCUCAGGAGGAAUUAUCGCGGCGAUAGUUGUUGUUAUUGUUGUUACAAUAAUACUGAUUAUUGUAGGCUUGUUUAUUUGCAAGAGAAGAAAGCAAAAGCAAGAAAUUGAACUUCCAAUGGUUUUAAAUGAAGCGGAAUCUGUUCAAUUUGAUUUAAAGACAAUUGAAGCAGCAACGAACAACUUUUCUGAGCAUAACAAGCUUGGUGCAGGUGGAUUUGGUGAAGUUUACAAGGGUAUGCUUUUGAAUGGGACUGAAAUUGCGGUAAAAAGAUUGUCCAAAACAUCAGGACAAGGUGAAGUAGAGUUCAAGAACGAGGUUGUUGUUGUUGCAAAGCUUCAACACAUAAAUCUCGUUAGACUUCUCGGGUUUUCGCUCCAAGGAGAAGAGAAGUUACUCGUCUAUGAAUUUGUUCCAAACAAAAGCCUCGAUUAUUUCCUUUUCGACCCUAACAAGAGAAAUCAGUUGGACUGGACAGUGCGACGCAACAUCAUCGGUGGAAUUACUCGAGGAAUUCUAUAUCUUCAUCAAGAUUCACGGCUCAAAAUCAUACAUCGUGAUCUCAAAGCAAGUAACAUUCUCUUAGAUGCGGAUAUGAAUCCGAAAAUCGCUGAUUUCGGAAUGGCAAGGAUCUUUGGAGUGGACCAAACUGUAGCCAAUACAGCAAGAGUAGUUGGAACUUUCGGUUACAUGUCUCCCGAGUAUGUGACACAUGGCCAAUUCUCGAUGAAAUCAGACGUCUAUAGCUUUGGAGUAUUGAUUCUUGAGAUCAUAAGUAGCAAAAAGAAUAGCAGCUUCUACCAGAUGGAUGGUUUAGUUAACAAUUUAGUCACAUAUGUCUGGAAACUUUGGGAGAACAAAUCAUUGCAUGAGCUCAUAGAUCCCGUUAUCAAAGAAGAUUGUAAAAGCGAUGAAGUCAUUAGAUACAUUCAUAUUGGGCUGUUAUGUGUGCAAGAAAAUCCUGCAGAUCGUCCAACAAUGUCUACUAUUCACCAAGUGCUCACAACCAGCUCAAUUACUCUGCCUGUGCCUCAGCCACCUGGAUUUUUCUUUAGGAACGGACCAGGAUCGAACCCGUCAAGCCAGGGAUUGGUGCCGGGUCAAUCGAGCAGCAAGUCUUUUACUAGUUCUGUAGAUGAAGCAACAAUCACCUAUGUUACGCCUCGUUGAAAAUCUAGCAUGUUCGGUUUGGUUUUUGAUGUUGCCUCAAAAUAACAGAUAGAUAAUGCCACACGUCCAGAAAUCUCGUUUCUCAAUCUA